AUGGACAACGUCUCAUCUCUGGAGUGCCUGAAAUUGGAUUCCCAGUUGGAGGUGCUCGAUAAGGACGCAGCUAUGGUCCCCCUCAACUGUGAUACACCAAUAAUCGAGACUAUGACUGAAGAACCAGAGACUACAGAACCAACGGAAGAAGAACGUAUUGCUCAUUUUUGGAGAAAGACUGAAGAAUCGGAGGAUGAAGAAUCAGAGGAUGAAGAAUCAAUGGAUUGGAAAUCAAAGGAUAAAGAACCAGAGGAUGACGAAUCAGAUGAUUGGAAAUCAGAGGUUGAAGAAUCAGAUGAUGAAAAAUCUAAGGAUGGAAAAAGUUAUGGGGAAUGUAAGUAUUGUUUGAAGGUGGAUAAGCACCCUACACAACUAUGCUCGUAUAGGUAUCGAGUCCCAAAGAACGCAAUUGUUGGCGAGAGUUGUGUGGUUGCAUGUCUUGAAUGUACAAUCUGUGGGAAGGAAGAAGAACACUCAAAUUUUGAGUGCCCGGAACGUGAGGAGAAACGUAAGAAUUCUGGCUUUACUUACGACCCUUAUACUGGUUCUUUCGAGAUUCGCCUUUUGAAAUAG